CUCACGAUUUGAACAUCUCUGUUGAAAAGCAUUGAAAAGGGAAGUUUCAACGAAAAAGUAAACUCAUAAACGGUGUCCGACAAAGCCGGAAUGUUUAUACUCGCAGAAUUAAAAGACACCGUCAGGAUCCCACCGUGGAAAUUCAAAUACAAGUUAAACGAUGCGAUCACAGACGAAUUAAAUCGGAAACUAGCUAAUAAGGUAUACUUAAACGUCGGUCUUUGCGUUGCUCUACACGAUAUCAUAAAAAUUGACGACUCUUACAUAUUUCCUGGGGAUGGGUCUUCGCAUACCAAAGUGAUUUUUCGCUUCAUCGUUUUCCGUCCAUUUAUGGAAGAGAUACUGACUGGCAAGAUACGCAGCUGUAGCGUGGACGGCGUACACGUUACAUUGGGAUUUUUUGAAGACAUCGUCAUUCCGCCGCAUAAGUUACAGCAUCCUUCGAGGUUCGACCAAACGGAGCAGGCAUGGGUAUGGGAGUACGAUACAGGUGACGGCGAGAAACACGAUUUAUUUAUGGAUGCAGGGGAAAUCAUUAGAUUUAGGGUAGUUGGAGAGACAUUCACGGAGACUUUACCCACUGGUCCUACCGUUUCCGGAGAGAAGGUCGAAAAGCCGGAGUCAAAAAAUGUGUCACCAUAUACUUUAAGCGGAGCUAUCGACGAACCAGGUUUAGGCCUCCUCUCUUGGUGGGAGAACACCUAGCGCCAACCCGACGGAUAGAAUUUGAGUAUCGUCGUAAGUACGGAAAUGAAAUAAGUCGAGACCGUUGGA